AUGCCUGCCACAGCAAUAACUCUACAAGAAACAAAUGUAUCUGUUGCAACUCAAACAGAGCACAAAUGGUUGAAUAAUAAAUAUCCAGGAUAUACUCUCAAAUCAAAAGCAAUGGUCACCGAUAGUGGAAAAUAUCUUGAUCGAUUCAGUAUCUUGACAAAAGAUGGACAACAACAAAACAUUUACUUUGAUAUCACGCAAUGCUACGCAUGUUCAGUUUCACACUUGAAAGACAUGUUCAACAAGCAACAAGAAUCUGAUAAAACUUCGCAAGCUGAGUAA